AUGGUGGCCACUACCGUCAGAGGCGGCGGUGGUCGACGUCCCGGACAAAAACACGUGCCUUAUUCGUUGUCGACACCGCUGUUGCCCAUGUCUGCUGCUGACGCGUCCGUACGCCCGGUUGACUGUACGAGAGGCGAGGCGGCACAGGCAACGGCGCAGGAGGCCGUCCGACCGUCUGUCUGUCCGUCCGUCGAUUUCACGAUUCUCCAUAUCGCGGAUGCCGUUGGCCUCCACGUCACUCGACACUUACACGUCGGCCUGGCGGAUGCUGUAGAGCAACCAGCUCAGCUACCUCUCGAAACGUUACGCUGUCGUCGAGCACACCAGCGAUAG